GAUAUAGAUAGGGCGAAAUGGUUGUUUAAUCGUAGUUGACCUCGUUUCGAUACGGGGCCCGUACCGAUUCGAUACGGUUGCAUGCGCAUCGAUUGUUGUCCUAUAUUUUUGCACGAAACGGGUAGAAAGGAGAGGGGUGGAGAGAGGGAGGGAAGGAGGGAGGAGAAGGGGAACAAUGGUGGCCGGAUGUGAAAACGGUUUCGCUCGCGUAAAGCGCCGCGAUCCCUUUGAGCCUCUCUAGCUAAAAGGGCGAAAAAGCUCAAUCCUCAAGUUAACCAAGCUGCCAAACAGUUACGGGACGAAGACCGUAGCGGUCUCAAAUAUUCCAACGAUGGCAGCGAAGGCAUAAGCAUGCCCGAUCUAAUCAGCUCCACGGUGGUCGAGUGCUUCUAGUGGUGAGAUUUUGUCUUUUUUUUUGUAGUUGGUGAAAACUUUUGCUGGUAAGCCACAUUUACUUGGCCGAGUUCGCUGGUUGCAUUCUACGGUACGCCCGCACAAUUUGCCCGGAACCGAAUGUUGUGCUGGGAAGGAGCCAGUGACUAUGAUGCCACGACGGCCGAACCGUAUCUAUCGUCGCAGGCACUGCACGCCAACACGUUCAUGCACUCGAGCCGGAAGUCCAGCGUACCAUUGCCCUGGAGUUCGACAACACACGCAACGCAUAACAUGGAGCAAAUCUCCGGACCGCCGGCAAAAACCGGUACCUUCUAUCAAACGCCACGUUCUCAUCCGUGGCGCCCUACCAUGGGAUACGAAGCGGUUGAAGUGACCCCACUGCAUGAGCAACCGAUCACCAACCAGCUGGUAGCAUCGUCAUACUCACCGUCCGCCAUGUGUUCCGAUCCGGUCACCUUUCCGAAUCUUGUAACCGGGUUCGAGCGCAACCCACAGCAUGCUGCACGGGCCGCCCUGUACACGCGCUACACGCCGAACGAGUGGACCACCUCGAACGUGUGUACGUACGCGGACGCGGACAAGAACCGUAACUACUCGGAGAAGGUACGCUCCGAGGCGGUACGGUUGAUGCGCGAAACGGACGAAAAAACGUCCCAGGGUCAGCGUGAUGCGGCACGGCGACUGGGCGAACGUAUCACCGACAUCACCUUCUGGCGCAACGAGCUAACGACCGAGCUGGAGAAGCUGAUUGCCGAAUCGGCCCAGCUGACCGAUACGAAGCGGAACGUGCAGAAAGCGCUGCAGGAUCUCGAACCACCGCUGCACAUCGCCCAGGAAUGUCUGUACCAUCGGGAGUCGCGCAAGGGCAUCGAGCUCGUGCACGAUCAUGUCGAGAAGAGCCUGCUGGUGGAGGUGGAUAAUUUACGCGCAAGCCAGGAAAAGCUUUCCCAGCUGUUGGCGAAGAUCACGAAGCAGCUGGCGGACUGUCGCGCGGCGCAACACUCCCUGGAGGAUGACAUCAGCCACAAGGAGUCGGCACUCGGUAUCGACUCCAUCUGUCACCAGCUUAACAACUAUAGCCGAGGCAUUAACUACUACGGUGGAAUCGAGAAAUAUGACCCAACCGUCAGUACACCAGGUACAUGGUCCGGUUCCAGUAGUACACGGAUUAACAACUCACAUUCGGAAAGAUCGAAAUCCUGUCAGCUGCGAAGUGAUGCGGAAUCACUUAUCAACGCUGUAGCCACCUCCGUAUGGGACUGUUGGAGUAACACAAACAACGCGUUCAAUAAUCGUGCCUCCGAGAUGUUGGAAGCAAAGAGCAAGAUGCAGCUGCAUCUCCACAAGACCCAACAGGAAAUAUUUGACGUUGAGAAGCACAUCGAGUUGCUGCGGAAGGCAAUUAACGACAAAUCAAACCCAAUGAAGGUCGCCCAAACACGUCUGGAAGCGCGAGCACACCGACCCGGUAUCGAGAUGUGUCGUGACAACGCUCACCUGCGUCUGGUGGAGGAGGUCUGUACGAUUCAGGACUCGGUUGCGACACUGCACCGCAAGCUGCAGGAAGCGGAAGCGCAGCAUCAGCAGCUGCUCCGCACCAAGUCACAGCUCGAGAGCAACCUGAAGCAGAAGGUGGACGCACUGUUUAUCGAUCGCGAAAAGUGCAUGGGGUUGCGGCGUUCCUUCCCCGUGAACAACACGAUUAAAUAUUAAACCCGUCCAAUAUGUCUAAUCGGUUCCCCGGACUCCAGGCUUGACUCCGUUGUGUUCUGCUUCUACUAUACAUAUAUAAAUACUUACAGAUAUUAAAAAAAAAAACAAACGUAUCUUAUCACUGGUAGCGCACUGAAAAGCGUUAGAGGACGCGCGGUUCCGCUACUACACGUAUGGGAGAAGGAAAAAACACUCCCCCAAUAAAGCUCCACAUCGUUGAAUUUGUUAGAUUUCCAGACAAA